UUACUGUUCAAGUGUUCAGUCAAGUUCAAGCGACUCUCGCGUUCUGACCACUGACGUCGCCGUUGCAUAUUCGCGGAACUGUUGUUCCUUCACGUUCCCCACUGUUCACGAAACUGCCGAGUGACUUGGAAAUCCUACGUGAUCCAGUGAUCUACGCGUCCCUCGUGGUAACGUUUCUCGUUCUAGGCGCAUUUAUUCCGCGCGAUAGUGAGACCGCUGUAUCGUGCUACAUGCGGACUUACGUUAUAAAAAGUGCAAACGUGGAUAAUCUGCUAAAAUAGUGGAUGAUGCUACGAGUUACAGACGAAUCAGUGAUUGCAACUUCAAGAACAGGCUUCUCGAUUAAUUUCUUGUUUUAUCUUUGUGCCGAAUUUCUAAUUGGCGCUGUCAUCUCUAAUAUCUUAGCCAUCCUGGAUAUCAUAAAGUCUCUUCUGCCAAAGCCACCAAGGGAUUUGAGCGGCGAUGUAGUUUUAAUUGCAGGUGUCUCGUCGACCUUUGGCGAGUCUCUCGCCGAGGAAUUUGCAAGGGGUGGAUGCUCUGUGAUCUGCGUGGAUAACGACUUUAGAUCCGCGGAGGAGAUAACUGCUAGGCUAAAAUCGCGGUGCAACAAAGUGAAGGGAAUCGGGCCUGGCCAUAGGGAACACGAGCGGGAGAAUGUAGGGCCGACAAUGGCAGCGUACGAAUGUAACCUGCUGGAUCGUAAUGCUAUACGUGAGAUCGCCAAGAAGGUCGAGGAUGAGGUCGGUGGCGUCGACGUCCUAGUGACCUGCGCCGGGCAGCCUUAUCAAGAUAUUUUCGAUACAGCCAAUACGACACUCAUGAGCCAUUAUUGGAUGGUUCUGGCAUUUUUGCCAUUCAUGCUGCAACGCGACAGAGCGCACAUUGUCGGAAUCACACCGGUUGCAUCCACCCAGGAUGUAUACUUGAGCUCGAGGGCGGCGAUCGCCGGUCUGAUGGAGAGUUUGUGUCAGGAAUUGGGCACUCGUAGUAGCCAUCUUACUUUCCUCGCGAUUUCACCGACGACAGCAGGCGGUUCGACGAGACGAAAAGAGCAGCAAGUAGCCAAGGAGGUUGUACAGGCGGUCAGAAGGGGCCAGUGCAGCAUCAGCAUUAAUUGGUGCUCGAACAUAAUGUAUCAAAUAAGCUACGCGAUCCAUAGUGCAAUAACGACAGUCUCACAAUGGCUUCACACGCGGGGAUGCAAUUAUUCCUUUUAAAUCCUGUUCUUGUUCAUGAAGCGUGAAGCAUUCCAGUCGGCUACCGACACGAGUGUGGGAAUUCGCGGUUUCUGUUAGCUAGUUCCCUCGAGAUGGACAGCAAAAACCUUCAAAAGUUAUUUGAAAUUUGUCCAACGAGUCUUCCCACGAGUUGUGCGAAGAAGAAUUAUUCCAAUUAAUUAUUCGAGGCCGAAUCACAUUAUAAAAUUAUGCAUCGUUGCAUGUCAUAAUAUACAUGUGUAUAAUCAUAGUACAUUGUUAUAGCAUAAAGAGAAUUUUUGUAGUUUUUAGGAAAAUAAGCUAUUUGUUAAUAAAAAUGUAAAAAAAUUGUCCU